AUGGCAGGUCUAUACACAAGAUCUGCAAUGGCUGCCCCCUUCUCUUUGGCAUCGGCCUUCCGCAGUCUUUCCAUCGCCACACCGAAGCGAGCCUUCUCAACAACGCCGGCGACGCAAUCAGUUCCGAAACUACCGGAAACCGCCCCAGUUUACCCCUACGGACCAUCCCAAUGGUACAAGCAGGCCGACUCCGGUCUCUACGGCGGCGCUUCGAUCCGAUUCGGUAACAAGAUCUCCAAGGGACGCAACGCAGGCAAGACACGACGAAGCUGGAAGCCCAACGUGCGCCGAAAGAAGAUUGAGAGUGAGGCUCUGGGCGAGUCGGUGUUUAUCAAGGUCACUCGUCGUGCCUUGCGAUCAAUCUACAAGGCCAAGGGUCUAGACAACUACUUGCUGUCUGAUCGACCAACACGCCUCAAGGAGCUCGGUCCUUUCGGAUGGAACCUUCGACACCAGAUUAUGCAGACACCAGCGAUUAAGGAGAAAUUCGCAAAGCAACGCAAGGCCUUUGGCGUUCCUGAGCCCCCGUCAUUGGGCAAAUGGAUGCGGGACCACAGGCUGGAAAUCAGGAACAAAAUCGAAAACCUGGACAUUGACGCAAUGACCAAGCCUCGCGGAUCUCGGCGUAGCACCCAGUCGUAUGCUCGCUAG